GCACGAAGGCAGUCCGAAACAGGCAUUCGUCGUCCUCAAGAAGAGCGUCGUGCCCAGAAGGGCAGCUUGCGCCAGCCUUUUGAGGCUCCCCGCCGUGGGGGCGUGGUCGCGCAGGAGGCGGCUCUGCCAGAGUAGCAGCCGCCCGCGCUGCGCCCCUUCAAACGGCGCCUUUCCGAGCUGUUGUGGCCGGCCUGUGCCACUCGCUCCGACCGAAGCAUGUCCGCCUGGGGCUCGGCGUCGUUGCUGUCGCUCGCAGCGCUCUGGCUGUGUCUGGCUUCAAGGGCGGCGGCGGCGGCGGGAACAGUCUGCUCUCCCUGCCAGCCGGAGCUCUGCAUGCCCGUCAAGUGCGCGGCGCCCGAGCUGUCGGCGCGGGACGAGUGCGGCUGCUGCGAGCGGUGCCUGAGUGCUGAGGGCGAGCGCUGCGGCGGCGAGCGGGGUGCUCGCUGCGGCCCGGGGCUCGUCUGCGUGAGCCAGCGCCAAGCGGAGCCGCCGCCUGAGGCUGGAGAAGAGGGCACCGGGCGGUGCGUGUGCAAGGAGGACGGCGCCGUCUGCGGUUCCGACGGGCGCUCCUACGGCAGCGUGUGCGCCCUCCACUUGCACAGCUGGCGCGCCCUCCACGGCGGUCGGGAACGUGUCCGGAAGGCGCACGACGGCGAGUGCAAGCUGGCUCCUGCUAUUCUUGUGCCACCAAAAAGGAUACACAAUGUAACUGGAGCCCAAGUCUAUUUGUCCUGCGAAGUGAAAGCAGUCCCAACACCCAUCAUCACCUGGAAAAAGGUUACAGAAUCACCAAAGGGAGUUAAGCUCCUAGAAGAAUUGCCUGGAGACAGAGUCAACAUGGCAGUCCAGGUUCGAGGUGGUCCUUCUAAACAUGAAAGCACAGGCUGGGUUUUGAUUAACCCAUUGACAAAAGAAGAUGAGGGUGUUUACCAGUGUCAUGCAACAAAUAUGGUGGGAGAAAUACAGGCAGAAGGACAUAUUAAAGUGCUGGAGCAAAGUAAAAAUAAGGAUACUUUCCCAGCAUCAGAAGACAUGAAGUAGCAAGAAGUGACUGGACUACCUCCAAGGGAAAUCAGAGCUGAGCACAGACUAGAAACCAGUGAACUAGUGACUUCCUCUGCUUUCUUACUGGCUGAGGACUAGAAACCAUCAUCUCUAUGUUCUUCAUAAAUGGUGCAGUUUAUAUACUUUUCUAGAGUGUCUGAUUAAUAUUGGAUGUAGUUAAUAAUGUAACAAAAAUGCUCAAUAAAAGCAUGGCUUUUUUACCAUUUUAA